GAUGACAAAUACGACAACUCCGUCAGCCAACCGGACGGCUGUGUAAUAAUGCAAUGAGGGGGCGUGGCCAAUAGGUGGGGGCGCAGGGCCAGCAGCGGUGGCGGUGGGAAUGGUGUUGUUAAGAUGGCGGCGCUGCAGGAGGAACGGAGUUACGGGCUGUCCUGCGGGAGGGUCGGAGGCAGGGUGUCCGUCUUCCACGUCAAGCUCACCGACAGCGCCCUGAGGGCAUUCGAGAGCUACCAGAACAGUCAGGAUGCCAUAAGUUUGAAGCCAGCUAUUAGAAUUCAAGGUACUCAAGGGCAAAUCACUAUUCCUCAGCCUGAGUGCCCUACAGAAGUGCGAACUUUCACUUUCUAUCUAUCAAAUGUUGGCAGGGACAGCCCUCAAGGGAGCUUUGAUUGCAUCCAGCAGUAUAUUCAAAGCAAUGGAAAUAUCACGCUGGACUGUCUGGGCAGCAUCCAGGAUAAAAUCACUGUAUGUGCCACAGACGAUUCCUAUCAGAAAGCGCGGCAGAGCAUGGCGCAGGCUGAGGAGGAGAACAAGAGCAGGAGUGCCAUAGUCAUCAAAAUGGGUGGCCGGUAUGGAGGCAAAAAGGUUCAGGUUCGAAAACCUCCAGGUGUUCCUGAUGCUGUUCCAUCUCGGAAGAGGCCAACACCAGUCAACAUGGCCAGUGCGAUCAAGAAAAGCUCCACUAAUCUCUCUCAGCGACCCUUCAAAGACAGAGUGAUGCAUUUACUGGCUCUUAAACCAUACAAGAAGCCUGAGCUUAUUCUGCGUCUGCAGAAGGAUGGGCUCUCAACACAGGACAAGGACUUGCUGGAUGGCCUCCUGCAACAGGUGGCAAAUCGGAGUGCCAAAGACUGCACUUAUACCUUGAAAGACUGUAUGUACACGGAGGUGCAGAAGGACUGGCCGGGUUACUCUGAAGGAGACCAGCAGCUACUGAAAAGGAUACUUGUCCGGAAACUCUGCCAACCACAGAAUCUAAGUGGACCGGCUGGAGAUAAUGCUCCUCUGAGCCCCCCUAAAGACAAUGUGAAUUCCUCAUCCCCACUCCCUCAGAAACGACCCUUACAAAAUACAGAGUUCAUUGACCCUUUAGCCAACAAGAAACCACGCAUUUCCCACUUCACACACCGAUCACAGCCUACUUUCAAUGGGAAGCUAAAUUCUUCCAAUGGAAAGGAUUCACCAGCACCCCCAACACUGCCUCCUACUUUGGAUCCAGUAAGCUCAAGUUCCCACCUACCUCCGCCCCAUGACCCUCUUUCAGACUCCAGUACGGACACACAACAUAAAGACUGUGAUAACCAGGACGCCUCAGAGAGGCUUAGCCACCCACAACAGACAGACUUUCCCGCUGCUGCCAAACAGAACUCUAAUCCCACACAUGGGAAACCCAAAAAAAAAUCCAGAAAGCACAAAGAGCGGGAUCGUACCAAGGAGAAGGACACAGAAGACAAGCAAAACUGCAGUUCGGGAAAAAGCUCUGAAUUAAUUAGCGGCACUCUUCAGGAUGUCUUAGAUUUAAACAGAGCCUGCAGUAAUUCCAGUAUUCCAACAUCUACUUCAGAGAUGCCAGAUUACAUCCUGAAAUACGCAGCAAUCUCAUCUCAGGAGCAGCGCCAGAGUUACAAGAAUGACUUCAACGCAGAAUACAAUGAAUACAGAGAUUUAUAUUCAAGAAUAGAGAGGAUAACAAGCAGGUUUACGCAGCUGGAUUCUCAGCUGAAACAACUCUCUCCGGGUACAGAGGAUUACAAGACUAUUCAUGAUCAAAUUUUACAGGAAUACCGUAAAAUUAAGAAAUCCAAUCCAAAAUACAGUGAAGAGAAGAACCGCUGUGAAUAUCUCCACAAUAAACUGGCUCACAUAAAAAAACAGAUUGCACAAUAUGACCAACAACCGUUCCAGAGUUGGCAUUAAUGCCAUGUCUGGGUUGCAGUAUCUUUGCACCUGGGUACACAACUGUUUUCCACCCCCACCCCCCUUUUUUUUUUUUCUUUUUCUUCUUCUUCUCUCUUGUGAAUGAUCUACAGAUUCCCAUAGCUCCAAACAGCACCAAUGAAAGUACUGGAGAAAGGAGCAGACAGCCUACCGUUUGUUCUAUUCCUGAGCAUCUUACUUACCAAACAAAGUUGUGGAAGCUGCUCCACAAAACCACAGUUCUACUUUUUAUUAGUUUUUGGGUUUUUUCGGUUUGUUUCCCCUCCUGUCCACCCUCCCAUUUUCAUUGGUUGGACAAAUAUCAAAAAGACAAUGCCAAAUGCAAGAGGAUUUGCUAUUUUUAUUUCAUGAAUUAUUGCUGGAAACCAAUAAUAAAACCAUGCAGAUAAAUGUAUGCAAAAAAA